UUGUAAACGGACAAAUAUAGUCAGCCAAAAGCUGUUGUGUUCAAACAUCUGAUCCAAACAAAAGUCCUUAUAGUCUGUUUUCUAGUUUUGGAUGCUUUUAAAAAUAUUAAUAAUUUAAUAUUUAACUUAUAAAUACAUAGGAAUCAGAAAUGAAGGAUGAACUGCCAGGAAGACCUUUCUUUAAUGGUCCAUCCCAGGAAACAAGAAACACACUCAUUAAUUUUAUGGGAUAUGUAUAUAGUUUGAUUGAUAGACCUUGUAUUUGGUUUAGAGAGAAAGUUGUAUUGCCCAAUCAAAAAGUUUACCCAUACUACCACAGAAAAUAUAACAGAGUUCCAACUAUUGAUGAAUGCUAUGAAAAUGAUAUUUCUUGCAUUUAUGAAGCUCAAGAGCAGUUUAAGCGAGACAAAAAUCUAGAUGCAAGCAUACUUAAUCUUCUUAACAGAAGAAGAACAGAAUGUGUCAGAUAUGAGGGUCAUGAAAGACAUGAGCGUUGCAAGAAAAUGUUUGAUGAUUUUGAGGAAGCAUCUCUUAAUUAUUUCAUUAAAUAUGGUGAUCUUGGUGCUUUUCCCCAUGUUAAAUAUGCAUACAUGAAACAAAAACACAGAAUGAUUUAUGAAAGAAGGAAAGAAGCUGGAACAUGGAAUCCAUAAUUUUGAUUUUACAAAAACUGUACUCAACUUCUAGUUGAAAAAAUACAAUGCAGCAGUUUUGUUUGUUAAAUUUAGUAGAUUUUUUUUUUGUAUUGUACUUUAAUAAAGUUAUUAAGCUUAUAUUUUUCUGAUUUUAGUCUGUAGAAUGUUAUAUUGUUUAUGGAAUUAAAUCUUGUAAAAAUCAGUCGGUGAAUCUAGUAUAUAAUGAACAUUAAUAAACAAGUCUGUAGCUCCAAAAGUGGGCAAAAUGUCAA